AUCUACGUUGUGCAGAGGGCAGGUAAAGGAGAGAGUGGUAGACGUGUGCUUCAUAUAACCUCGGAAACAACAUCGGAGUGACUUCCGCCCACACGAAAGAUGGCGGCCCCCUUGAUGGAGGAAUUGUCCGACUAUUUGGGCUCCCCAGAACCGGCUGUUCGGCUGAUGCUGUCCAUUUUGUUGGGUUACCCUUUUGCUGUUAUUUACCGGCGAUAUUUGUUUAACCAGUCCCCGUGGAUCAUCCACCUCUACCACGCUAGCACUGGACUGGCUCUGGCAGCUUUUAAUUUUGCAGGCUCUCAGGUAUGUCACUCUGCAUUAUGCAUUGUCAUCCAGUUCUUGAUGCUGAGGCUCAUGGGAAGGACAGUGACCGCCGUUCUGAGCAGCUUUGUCUUUCAGAUGACCUAUCUACUGCUAGGAUAUUACUUCACUGCCACAGAGGAGUAUGAUAUUAAAUGGACCAUGCCACACUGUGUCCUGUCACUCAAACUGAUUGGUUUGUCAUUUGAUUACUAUGACGGUGGAAAGGAACCAACUGAGUUGAGUGCAGAACAGCAGAAAGGUGCACUGCGUGACGUUCCCUCACUGCUGGAGGUCUGUGGAUUCUCCUAUUUCUAUGGAGGUUUUCUGGUUGGGCCUCAGUUCACGCUACGAUCUUAUCAGAAGUUGGUAUCUAAGGAACUCUCUGACACUCCAGGAGAAUUACCCAACAGUGUGCUACCGGCCUUGAAGCGCUUCACUCUGGGCCUGGCGUGUCUGUCCGUCUUCACCUUCGCAGGCCCGUACUACACAGACGCUUACUUUCUUACAGAUGAGUUUGAGGCUCAGCCUUUCUGGUACCGAUGCGUGUUCAUUCUGAUCUGGGCCAAGGUCAACCUGUACAAAUAUGUCAGCUGCUGGCUUAUUUCAGAGGGAGUGUGUAUACUGGUUGGGCUUGGGUACAAUGGGAAGGACCAGGAAGGGGUACACUUAUGGAAUGGCUGUGCAAACAUGAAGAUUUGGACAUACGAGACCACGCCCCUCUUCACAGGCACCAUCAAUUCUUUCAACAUUAACACCAACGCAUGGGUGGCAAGGCACAUCUUUAAAAGGUUGAAGUUCUUAGGAAAUAAAAUGGCGUCUCAGAUGGCCACCAUGGUGUUCUUGGCUGUCUGGCAUGGCCUCCACUCAGGCUACGUGCUCUGCUUCUCUAUGGAGUUUAUCAUUGUCAACGUGGAGAAGCAGGCCAUGGCAUUAGUAAAGGACAGUCCUUUGCUGACAAGCUUGGCCAACAGUCCCCUGUACCCCUUCAUAUAUGGGGUCCAGCAGUUCGUCCACUGGCUCUUCAUGGGCUACCCUCUGGUGCCCUUCUGCCUUUUCACCUAUGACAAGUGGCUCAAGGUGUACUCGUCUGUUUAUUUCUGUGGUCACAUAUUUUUCUUCGCUGCCUAUCUCAUCCUGCCAUAUCUCCGUAAGGCACUGGUGCCUAGGAAAGGAGAGAAAAAACAGGAGUAAAAGAAAUUGGUCUCUUUAUUUGGGAUCCUGCCGCUAACUGAAGGGAAUUCAGACUUGAUAAUAACAUGAAAGUGUUUUAGGCCUUUAGUAAUUUAUACAUGUAUAUAAACUGUACAUGUACAGAUUUCUUUCCAUUUCAUAUAUAUAUUUUUUUUUGUUUUGUUUUGCUUCAUGGGGGGAUGAUUGUUGUAAAUGUGAGACGGUGGCCCUGGCAGAGGCUGCUGUGCCAGUCAUCUCUAGCCAUUGACAGCAUGCAUUUCUCCACGUGAGAAACUAAUGAGAGAUAAGGGGACAGAGUGGAGGGCUGUUGGGAUGAACACACUGAUGGGAGGCAUCGGAUUUCCUCUUCAUUCAGAAUAUGACUCGCCAAUCACACGAUUGCAGCCUAGACGAGGCUCCAUUGUCAAAUUUGUGUCCUUCCUCCCAAGAAGAAGAAGAAUGGGGUCUAAGAUAAGGGCACAACAUCAAAUGUAUUUGGCACUUUCAGGCUUACUGUAACAUAGAUUUCUAUUGCUGGAGGAAGAAAAAAUAGAUUGCUGCUGUCUUACAGGGAAUGACUAUCUUAGUGUAGAACAUUUUUCUAAACCCCCUUCGCCAAUUCUCAGACUCACACUAAGCACUGUAACAUACAACAGACACACAAGAAUGAAAAUUGCCUUGCCUUAUUAAUGAAUGUUUUAAUAUGUUUUGUUUGUCAUUGAUCUUUUUUUUAAUAUUUUUUUGGUGAAGACUUGAUUUUUAACUGUUGGUGGGGAUAGAAUUCAGUUUUCUAGCUUUUAGAUAAGACUUCACAAAAGGGAUUGUUAUUUGUUCAUUUGUUCAUUUCACUCACAUCCAUUUCGAAAUAAUUCUCUCCAUUGCUCCAUUGGUUUGUUCCAUGGACUCCUCACUCAGUUCUGUAUGUCUCUGUUUGAACUGGAGCACAAAGCAAAAACAACAACAACAACAACAACAACAAAAACUUUUACAAACUAAUUACCAAAACUACAGUGUUUUUGUAUAAAGAAAGUUCACCAGGAUUCUCAGCAACUUCAGUGAGGGGGCCAGCUCAGGUCCCCACUUACAGACGAACUGGAGCAGGAACUCACUGUAGCAAUGAAAAUAUUUUAUUAAUAUUUAUACUCACUGAUUUUAAGAUUCAGUAUGAUGUGAAUUCAAUGUUAUUAUUCCAGAGACUACUUUUGCCUUAUUCCUACCAAAUGUACAAAAAAACAAGAAAAAAAUGAUUUUAAAAGAAAGCUUUUUGUAAUGUUCAUUAAAAUGCUGGAU